AUGAGUGAGGCCAGCGACAAAGACCUGGAGAGCGGCGUGCCGGGCGCCACCGCUUCACUCCAAGAUGUCACCUACACCGUGGUCAACAGCCAAAACAAGAAGGAGACCAUUAGCCUGCUGCAGAAUGUCGGCGGCUACCUCCUGCCCGGGGAGAUGGCGGCGCUCAUGGGGCCCUCUGGCUCUGGUAAAACCACCCUGCUCGACCUGCUGGCCGGGCGGAAGACGGUGGGCAAGCUGGACGGCAGCAUCGCCUUUGCCGGCAACAAGCCCACGCCGCAGUUCCUCCGCCGCUUCACAGGCUACGUGGAGCAGUUUGACACGCUGCUGGAGUCGCUGACCGUCCAGGAGAUGCUCAUGUAUACCGCGGAGCUGAAGCGCCCCGUGGAUGAGCCGCGGGAAGAGAAGCAGGCGGCGGUGGAGGAGCUGAUCGACGUGCUGGGCCUGGCCGCCUGCCGCGACGUCAAGAUCGGCAACUCAAUGAACAAGGGCAUCUCUGGCGGCCAGGCCAAGCGCGUCAACAUCGGCAUCGCCCUGGUCACCAGCCCCCGCGUGCUGUUCCUGGAUGAGCCCACCAGCGGCCUGGACAGCUACACCGCCAACGAGGUGAUGACGGUGGUCAAGUCGCUGGCCUCCCACGGUAUCACCGUGUGCGCCACCAUCCACUCCCCCACCCCCUACACCUUUGGCCUCUUCGACCGCCUCCUCCUGCUGCUGCGCGGCCAGAUGACCUACUUCGGCGCCAACGGCACGGCCGCUGUGGAGUACUUCCAGGCCCUGGCGCACACCGAGUGCUCGUGCCUGGAGGGCUUGAAGGAGGGCGAGAAUGCGGCGGAGUGGAUUGUGGACUUCACCACGCAGGCAGACCGCCAGGGGCGCGCCGCCGACCUGGCCGUCGCUUACGCCAAGAGCCAGCUCAAGGCGGACGCGGACGGCGAGGUGGAGCGGCAGCUGGCCAUGGCCUCCGACCUGGACCCUGCCACCAAGAAGGACUUGGCUGUGAGGCGCGCCACCACGGUGCCCACCUGGAAGGCCCUCAAGACCCUGUUCAUGUACCGUACCGUCAAGAACUACCGCAGCCCCGACUUCCUCGGCCCCCGCGUGGCUGACAAGCUCAUCUUCUCUCUCAUCAUCAUGACCCUGUUCUGGGGCAUCGGCGACAACCUGGCCUCCACCAACCUCCCCAACGUCUCAGCCAUGCUCUUUAUGUGGGUUGUGCUCCCUGCAUUUGGCGCCGCCAGCUACGUGCCCAGCAUCGUGCUGGAGCGGCCGCUGUUUGUGCGGGAGCAGUCGGAUGGGCUGUACCGCGUGUCCACCUACCUGGCCUUUAAGAUGAUCGAGGAGUUCUCCCUGGCCUUCAUCAACUCAAUAGUCUUUGCCAACAUCGUGUUCUGGGCCCUCCAGCUGCAAGGCAGCUUUGUGCUCUUCUGGCUCGUCUACCUGGCAACGCUGGCCACCGGCAUAGUGCUGGCCUACACCAUCGCCGCCCUCUCGCCCAACAUGGAUGUGGCCAAUGCAGCGCUACCCACCUAUGUGACGGCGCUGCUGUUCUUUGCCGGCUGCCUGAUCCGCUGGGAGGAUAUCCCAAACUAUUGGAAGUGGUUUGGGUACAUCGACGUCCUCAGGUACGCGUACGGAGCGCUCAUGCGCAACCAGUUUGCUGGCGAGCGCAACGUGGUGUUUGUCAACAACACAACCGUGCUCGACUACUACUCGCUGGCCGGCAUCAACAUGUGGGGCUGGGUGGGCAUCGAGGCCUGCUUCACCGUGGUCUUCUGCUUCUUCGCCUACCUGGCGCUGCGCUUUGUGCGCCACGUGAAGCGGUAA